CAGUCUCUCUUUGACAUUUUGUUGCAAACCUUUUGGUGAGGAUCGAAUUGUGGCUACAGUAGACUACUCCCACUAUUUCGCUUUUUUGGACGAUAUUAUUUGUAAGAUUAACAUUAUUGUUUAUAGCUUUUUUUUUACCCCCAUCUGGGGUUGUUUUGCUCGUGAUACUGGACUAGUUCAGUUUUGAUGAUGUUUCAUGUUUGACUACUUUUCAAAAAAUGAGAUUAUUGGAGUUCACUCGCCUUGAUAUUCAUCUGUUGAAAUAUGUAGCAGUUCUUCCACACAGGGGCACUCUCUCUUUUCGAUUUAUAUAUAUAUACACACACAUAUCCAGCGUUUUUUUUAACAGAUCGAAAUUAUUUUCCUUUCUUGUCAGUUCGGAAUAGUGAGCUCUAUUUUUGGUCAGAUUGUGUACAUAUUUUGUGCCAGCUGUAUCUGACAGAAAUUAAUAUCACAGCAGCAGCUGGAAUUAUUUGAGACAUCUCUGAGCUUAUGCACAAUCUAUACAACUCGAAUUUUUACUGAGUGGGCCUCAACCUAUUUCCAUGGGAACGUGAACAAGAGCGGCCAUCAUCAUUAACAUCUUCAUAAAGUGGAGCGUGGAAAUAAAAAUACAAUUAACUUUCGAUAGUACACGUCUGUAAGAUAUAUAAUAACAAAUAACUAACAUCCUUAUCGUACGGCAGAGGUUAACAGGAUGAACUGGGCAUGAAAAUGUAACAGAUGCUGCAUUUCUCUCAAACAAUUCUCUCUCUCUCUCGCACUUUCUCGUCACCUACUGAGACACACACAUACACGACAUACAAACACACAAACGACCACAUGAGCGUGAAAACACACACUCACUCAUUCUCUCUCUCUCAUUUACACAAGCAAAGAGAGGGGAGGAUAAAAAUAGAGUAAGACAGAAAGAAAAAGAAAAAAAAAAAGAGAAAAAAUCGUGGAAAGCCUGCAGAUGGGUCAAGGUAAUGUCAAAGGUCCUGCAGCAGCUUGCAAACAUCGGUGAAUCCGAAAGCUGAUGAAAAUUUCAAAAUUCUGAGCAGCAACAAUACACGUCUUCAUCAAUAACAACAUUUUUCUUUCUUCUCUGUGUACGUGAUUUCCCCUCCAUCCACUUCAGCGCCCCCUCCCCCUGUCUUGUAGGCGACAGUGACGUCACCUUAUUAUCCCAAGCUACGCCUCGCUAACGCCACAGGCAUACGAACACACACACGCACUACAGACACACACACACACCACACACACACCAGAGAUACACACACAUACACCACACACACACGCACAUCUACACACCAGUCACGAGGUGAGACUGUGAACACAGGGGGCUGAACUCUCUCACUACCUUGUGUCUCUAUAUUUCUUUCCACUCGUAUUGUCCUCCGAUGCAGACUGCGAGCCCCGGGUCUCAUGUGAAGCCCACAACUGCACUGAACAAGCUGCUGCCUGUCUUGUAUUUUUGUUGCAAGGUAAAAUAAUUUGUCCACGCAUCCAUGCAUCCACGCGUCCAUGCCUAUUGAUCUGUGACAUCGUGAUUACAGUCGGAGGUGUUCACACGCCGGGUCAUGGAAAGUCAGCCUUUUGCUCGGUGUUUAAUGAAUGGGUUGAGGAAGGAGAAUAAAAUCUUGUGUGGGAGCAAGAGGUACUAACCAAACCAGCGCCAGGUUGUCUUUCCAUUUUCUGUGUGGACACGAUGACAGCUUCAGGAGGACCAGAGGAACGCUGCAGGAAGUUACAAGGACGUGACCAGGGUGUAGUGAUGUCUGGAACUUUCUCUCUGAGUCAUUUAAGACUGGAACGAGGCACAAGCUUUGCUAUUGCUGAUAGCAUUGACAGUGCAGUUGAAGAAAGGGGAAUUACAGACAAGAUGAUGGCAGUUGAAGCCCACAGCACAGCUGUGAACACUGGGCAUCACAGUGAGGUGAUACAUCUGUUACAGCUUCACACUCGUCUCCCUCGGCAGUGGUUCAUUUACUCGUCACACUUGAACGAGCUUCCAUUCCACCAGCUCUGCAAAACACUCAUUGGUCCAACUAAAGGACCCACACUGGGGAAAGAACCUUUUGGCUAAAUGUGCAUCAUCGCCACUUCCUGAAGUGAUUUCGUUUCAUUGCCGACGGCGAUCCUCUUCCAGAACUGGAAGUCAUGGAACUUGAGAAGGACCAAACCCACCUGUACAAACUGAUCACAGCUGGCUAGUCACUAUCGUCAUGAUCACGAUGAUGGCCCUUGCCCUGCCCCUGCUGCUGCACUUGGUGUUACCACAUCAAGCCUCCUUGACCCUCACGGCCCGCGCGGCGUAUGUUGGGAUGCUGACAUCAGGGGAGGCAAUUCUGCUUCACCACGUGCUCACGCUCUUGACCGGAAGUCCGUUCGCCUCACUCGAGCACUUCCUGGGCCGCGUCCUUGGUCUUUUCCCCGCUCUAUUAAUGGUGCAGGCGUGCGCAUGCGCGAUGACCUUUUCUUCCUCUUGUCCAGCCGAGAAUACUGAUGGCGGAGAGACUGUAGAAGAGGGAGCCGGCUCACUCCCCACCUCUCACCCACGUCACCCAUCGUUAGGUCGGGGCUCACCCAGAGAAGGAAACGCUUGUCACAUCACAGUAGGAGCUCAUGAAACUUGCCAAGGUAAAGGUGAGCAACAAGACUUUGCCAGGAAUUCGAGGAAACGGGGUGGAAAAGUACCUGGGCUUGUGUUACCUUUUCUUCUGUCUUACCUGUGGACAGUGGCACUAGUGAUGUCAGUGGUAUUUUAUUUGUACCCGAAUACAAAUUCCUGUUUCUGUGAAACUGCAUGCUUCGAUAAUGAAAUAUUUUUAAGGUUUCCUGUGGAGGAGGGAGUGGUCAGAGGUCUUCAGAAGUCCAUGCAUGCUUUAGAUGAUGAGUCAGUGUCUGAAGGCGACGUGGGUGAGCGUAGACUUAGCGAGGUGCUGACGAUACAAGAGCGACACUCGACAGAUGAAGGCGGAGAGCCGGACCUGACCCUGUCAAAGACAAGACAUUAUGUGAUUGUACAAUUGCUAAGGUACGAUCAGAGGGACACUGUCGCACAUGAGGGAACAGAAAACAGUUGGAAGAGAAAAAAGACUUCAGGUAUUCAGGUUGAUGUGGCACUAGUUCAAGCAUCGCCCUCGGCCAAGGCAUGCGAGAGUGAGACACCAUGGCUAUGCGUGAAGAAUAUUCAGACUGAAAUAUUUGUUUAUCUGUGUUUUAUCCUUCCUCUGGCACUGUCUUGCUUACUGGUCACGUGGUGGUCGUCAGGGGUUUCUGAUCAUUGUGACUGCAAAACAAAUGUUCUAAAAUCUGAAGUCUCAUCAUCUGCUACGGUCCAGAACCAUCAUUCAAAGGACGACCUGUGUAACACCAAACAACUAUUUACAGACCGAUAUCCCAGCAUGCACUGCAACUGUUCCCCUGAGCAACAGCUAUAUUACGAAGACGACAUCAAAGAACGCCCGUUGUCGACUCCUCCUCCCACACAAGCCCAGAGGAAGACUGAGCUGAAGACAGGAGGUGGAACUUCUGUCGACCAACAGGUGGUUAGUUCUAAAUGUCGGGUGUGCAUCUGUCUGAGUGAGUACCUUCUCUUGGUAUGCAAUGUGCUUGUUCUGGAGGCGCUGGUGUGUCCGCUGCUGUGGGGGGCUAGAGGCUGGGUGGGUGGUGGGCAGUACCGCCUCCCGCCCUUUGACCUUUUGAUCAUACCAGCGUACAGCGCCAUCUGCUUUGUUUACGGAUCUGCGGUGUUUACGUCACAUUAGUGGGCAAGUGCAUCCCUGGCCACGUGAGACAACGGAGAGUCGAAGCUGAAGAAAUAGUUGUAGCUGCCGCACAACAUUGGAAACAACAACAACAGCAAUAGCAACAACAGGAAUAACAGAGUAUAUAGAGCUCCAACCCCCCCCCCCAAAAAAAAAAAAAAAACAACAACAAAACAAAACAAAAAAAAAAAAACCAACAACACAAAAAAACAAACAGAACCCACAAGAGUCAGAAAAUAGACGGCAUAAUGGUGAAUACACAAACACACGCGGUUUGUACUGCAGUGCGUACUUACACAUGAUUGUCUUCUCAUCCACAAAACAUUCAACUGAUUGCUGUACUUACUUCUCUUCCUCUUCCUGCUGACAAUAACUUUGACUGAUGGACACUCGUCUAUUGGUCAGGCUGAAUUUCUGCAUGAGGGAUCUUUGUAGUUUUACUGAUUACAUUAUGUAGAAAUAUAUUUUUGUAUGUGAGAAGCAGGGUGACAUUGUGUAUGAAUGUAAAUGCAGUAAGAUAAAGUGUUACAUUGUACAUUUUCUGCUUCAGGGAUCUUUGUAGCUUUGUUGAGUAUAUAACAUAGAAUUAUCUUAUUCCAUGUGCGAGAAACAGGAUCACAUAAUGUAUAAAUGUAAAUGCAGUAACAUAAAGUGUUAUGCUGUACAUAUAUUCACACGUUGAUACACAAGCUCUUUCUUAACUGAACAUGUUGUCAGAGGUGCGUGCGGUCAUAUGUACACACACUGUGUAGACAUUCACCUACGCAUGUUCUGAUCACAGCUGUCAAAAUAAAAUAAACUUCAAUAAGA